CAGUAGCGACACACGUGACCCUAAAUCCUCACAUUUUUGCGACCAGGCUAAUAAUAGCUCUGACCCAGAUAGCCCAUGCAGCCUUGAAGGCACAGAUGGUUGCCUUGACCCCGAGAAAGGUCUGAACAUCAACUCGUUGCAGAUGUACCUGAAGGAGCUAUACACCCUAGACAGCACUGACACUAUCUACGAGGACUACGCCGAGGCCGAGGACAGUCUAGCUUACAGCUAUGAGGACAGUGUAGCUUACAGCUAUGAGGAAUACGACAACGUCGAUCCUCAACACCGCUCCGGGCAAUUUUCGGAAGAGCCGGAGUACUUCGAGGGGGGCUACACUCACCCCGGGGCUUUUGGGUUGUACAGCUUUCAGCCCGAGGGACACCUGGGGACCAUUUUCGAGAUGGACGAAGACGACCCGGCGUGCGGGGAGUGCGCAUGUCACGACGGCCAUGUUUGCUCGAGCUGCCGGCUGAGGCAGGCCGAGAACGACCACGAGAUCUCGCCGGCCGACGUGGACUACACGCUGUCCAACUCGGAGUCAUGUGACAGCGACCUCAGCCGGUUCCGGGGCACGCGGGAGAACAGCUCCAACACGAUCAGCGAGGACGUCAGUUCCGCCGAGUCGAUGGAUUGCGACUCGUUAGAAGAAGACGCCGAGGACGCGCCCAAAUACAAAGCUGUGAAGAAAGUUUCUGGUCCUCGUAAAACAACAGGUCACCAGUCUACGGGUCACCAACCCUCGGGUCACCAACCCACCUCCCCGCUCUACCCUCGACCUCACGACCCGGAAAAUGAAUCGCCUCCCAUGAGUUCUUGCGUGAAAAAAGACGAGCACUCGGAAUUCCUCCCAGCCAAUCGCGUUGUUUCACCAGCAGACGAUCCAAUGACCUUGGGUCAAGCCCAGCCAAUCGACACUGCAGCAGCCGCCACCAAAGGAAAAGAGAAAGCCUGGAAGGAAGCGGAGGAUGCUGGGAUGGGCACGAACGUGAACCCUGCUCGCAGGCUGCAACAGAACUUCCAUCUAGACCUCGCCACAGGGGGCUUGACGGACGAGGCCGAGGACGAGGAGCAGAACCUUCUCGAGAGCCCGGGCUCAGGGCUCCACCGCAUUUCGUCCGAAUCGACUUUUCAGCAGAGUGACCUGGAUUCGAACCGCCAGCACGACCCGUACAGGAUGUUGGAGAGGUCACAGUCUGAUGCCAGCCUGCUCAAGAGGGACCUGGAGCUGCUGCCUGACAAUGACGAGGUCCACCUGACGGCCGCCGAGUCCAGCAGUGUACAGAACAUCAGCGAGUGUAACCGGGUCUACCUGGACCUGUCACGUGCUGAGGCUUUCGAGAGGGUGGAGCUUGGCGAGACUUCCGGUUCCAUGAUGAGGACAGCUUCCGGUCGUCUGCUGGAGACCAUCCCACAGGACGAAGAGCUCAAGACGGGCGACCUGAGCUACGUCUACGCCACGCAUCGAUCUUUUUCCCAGGAGAGUUCCUCAAGCAUGGAGGACCUCACGUUCUGCUCCAAGAGCAAAAGCAAAGAAAAAUUCAAAGCGUGUGGCAAGUCAGCCAGUGUCAGCAGUACAUCUGUCAGUGACAGCAACAGCCUGAGUUCAAAGUCCAACCUGAGGUCCAGCUUUCAGAUCUACUCACACUCUCUUAAACAGAAGGUACGACAGCUACAGAUGGGUUCCAUUCCAGAACAACUCAACGCUCUCACUGAAUUAAACGUCCUCAUGGAGCAGGCGUGGUCCAUGCCCAUAUAUGGCAAAGACUUGGCUUAUGAGUUGUGUGACAUUCUGCGCACGGAGAGUGCGUUGGACAUUAUUGUCAGCAACUUGGCUUCCAGCAACAGGGAACUGAUGAAAGCUAGUGCCAGACUACUGGAGCAGUCACUGACCACAUCAAACAGGCGACAAGUGUCAGAGAAUGGCCUUGAACUUGUGGUGAAGAUGACCCAUGAUGCACGUGGAGACUGCGAGCUGGCCCAGACCUGCACCGGAAUCCUGGAAAGUCUGUUCAAGACAUCGGAAGACACCUGUGCCAAGGUGAUCAAGCUCGGUGGCCUUGACACGAUCACCUACUGGUGCAGGUGUAACGACCGGGUGACACUGAAAAACUGCGCCAUCGCCCUGUCGAACCUGGCGCUGUACGGUGGGGGAGAGAACCAGCAGGAGAUGGCCAAGCACAAAGUCCCAGAGUGGUUGUUCCCCCUGGCCUUUGUUGAGGAUGACAGUGUGCGCUACUACGCGCUGCUGGCUAUCGGUGUUCUUGUGUCCAAUAAGGAGAUUGAGAACGCUGUCAUCAGCUCCGGAACCCUGGCCUUGGUCCUGCCUUUCAUAGACUCGCACGACCCAGCGGAGUUUGCUGAGAGGGAUAUGUCACACCGGCACGGUCGCUCCCCUGGGUGGUUGAAGCGGUUAAUUCCAGUCCUGUUUAGCAAAAGGGAAGAGGCGCAAGCUCUUGCUGCUUUUCAUUUUGUCAUGGAGGCAGGGAUCAAAUCAGAGCAAGGCAGGAAGGAGGUUUUGUAUAAAAUUGAGGCAGUAGAGCCACUGAAAUGGCUGGCAAGUACACCAAAUAGGGUGGCGUCAAAGUUGGCAGCACAGGCUUUGAAGAUCAUCGGAGAGGAAGUUCCCCACAAGUUGUCUCAACAAGUUCCCCUCUGGACCUGUGAUGAUGUUGUCCACUGGAUAGCUCAGGUGGGCUUCAGUUCCUACUCUGACAGUUUUCAAAGGUGUCAGGUUGAUGGUGACCUGUUGCUUCGAUUGACUGAAGAAGAGCUGAUGGAAAGUAUCAACAUGACUUGUGCCAUCACAAGGAAAAGGUUUCUCCGUGAGCUGCGAGAUCUCAAGAUUUCCUCAGACUACACUUCCUGUGACCCAAGCAUGCUGGGGGCAUGGCUGCGUGAUGUCAGCGAGGACAUGUCACAAUACACCUACCAAAUGCUUUACACAGGAGUGGACCGCCCACUGCUGCGCUCAGUCAAGGAUAGCCACCUGUCUCACGAUUGUAAAAUUGUCAAUGGUAUUCACAGAAUGAAAAUUUUAUCCAAAAUUGAAGAACUAAGAUCCACCCUAACAAGUCCAGCCUCUGCCCCGUAUGACAGUGUUGAUGCUUUGAGUUCCUCAGGUGUCCACAAACCCCCCAUUGAUGUAUUUAUUAGUUACAGGCGCUCUAACGGUUCCCAGCUAGCCAGUUUGUUAAAAGUUCACCUUCAGCUGCGUGGUUUCACUGUUUUCAUCGACAUAGAGAGAUUGCGUGCUGGCAAGUUUGAUGAGAGUUUGUUAGAGAGUGUCAAGCAGGCCAAGAACUUCAUCAUUGUACUCACCCCCAACUCAUUAGAUAGAUGCAUGGGAGACACAGAGAAGAAGGACUGGGUACACAGGGAGAUAACAGCAGCUAUUGAGGCAGGUAGUAACAUCAUACCUUUACUGGACAACUUCAAGUGGCCAGCACCUGACUCCCUACCAGAAGAUAUGAGAAAUGUGUGUUACUUUAAUGCAGUCAGAUGGAUCCACGACUAUCAGGAUGCAUGUGUUGACAAGCUAGAGCAGUUCCUCCGAGGGGAGGUCAACCCACAACAGAGAGUUCCAGCAGGUCCCUCAAGUACCCACAGUAGCAAUAAUACAACAUCAGUUCCCAGACAGUCCACAACAGCAUUUGAGAGUCCCAACUCACCUCCCUACCAACGGGCUCAGGGCUUAAGUAAAACUGCCUCCAUAGACAGCCCUGGGGAGUCUUGACCUUUCACCUUGUUGAACCUGACAUUAUUUAUAAAGAGUUGACUCCAUAUAUGAAGUAAAAUGUGAUCAUUCCUGAAGUUUUUGGCUUUGGUGGUAGAAACAUUGGCUGCUUUAAAUCCACAGACACAUAUCAUUUUAAUAUGUCAAAUAAGUUAAGGUGUCCAACUACUGAACUCAGUCUUGUUGUAUAAACUUCAACAAAAACAGUAGACUUGACAUCAUUAGUAGGCUGCAGCAAUGGUGUCUUGGGGGGGGGGGGGGGGUGUCACCCCCUCCUAGUGACACCACUGGACUUUAAGUAUAUUAGUUGAAUUAUAUAAAGCUAAAAUCCUUAUUGAUAAACUCAAUACAAUUUGUACCUGGAUGGUAUAAUUUUAAAUUUAAACAAUCUUUGAAUCUCCUAUCACAAAGAUUAUUUUUGUUGCCGAACUAGUUUCAAAAUUGCAUGGUUAAGCCUAGAUUAGCAUGUUGAUUGGGAUAAGUAAACUUGUAAAACAAAAACUACAAAAAUAAAAUAUUAAAUUAUGUGUAUUCCACCAGGCAAUAAUUUGUGCAACCCUAAACCAAUCAUAAUAGAAAACACUUGUAAAGAGCACCAUAGUGGUCCUCUCUAGGACACACAAAAGCCUGCCUCAUCUAGUCAGUAACACCAGGUACAUCCAGCACACAGAUUUAUGUUGUUGCUAUAUUUUCUGUUACACUACUCCAUCAACUUGCUGUUUAAAUUAAUCAUCUUUGCUUGCUCUAAGGCUAUAAUUUGUUCUGUUGUGUAAGCAGAUAUUUAUUAUUCCUACAUAUCUUAACAUUAGCUAAGAUAUGUGAAUAUAUAAUUAUAUAUAUGUAUAUAUAUAUAUAUAUAUAUAU